AUGAAACUUACCACAACAGCCCUCCUCUUCCUCCCUCUAGCCCUCUCCUCCCCAAUCACUUCCCCAAACCCCCUCGCCGAAGCAUAUUCAGCGCUCCAGGUCCGCGACAAAUACUGCAACUUCCACCCGACUGUCUCAUCAGCCCAAGGUUGCGACGAAGACCGCUGGAACCAGAAGCGCAAGCGCACAGUCCAGGUCGGAGAGCGAUUUGGCGUCAGGUGUUGGAGCGAGGGCAAGUGUAUCUCGGGGAAUUGUAAAUGGGAUUAUAUUCCUGGUUGGGAUUGUUGGAUUAGUGCGCAUUGGACUAACGAUGGGUGUGAAGAUGGCGUGCCACAUCCUUGUUAA